AUGGAAAGUAAAGUAAUUGCUCGUGCCAAAAAAAACUUUCAUGAUUAUAGAAUAAUUGAAAGACUUGUGGCUGGUCUAGUGCUAACUGGUAACGAAAUAAAAUCGCUCUGUAAUCACCAAGUUUCGAUUGGCGAGGCUUAUGUUUUGCCUCAACAAAAGGAAUUAUAUGUUGUCAACAUGAAUAUUGCGGCUUAUAAGUAUUCCCACGCUGGGUUGAGCCAAAUUAGAAAUUGCUCUGGCUCAACAUCUUCACAAUUAAAAGGAGAUAAGUCUCCUAAAUCUGAUGAAAUCUGUGAAAAAUGCAAGACUUUCGCAAAGAAGUCCAUUGGUUCGGAACCAACUGUCCUUGUGCUGAACAGUUUAAAAAAGAAAAUGAGAGAAACUGCUCUCACUGUAAUAAAAAAGAAACAAGAAGGUUUAAGAAGAGAAGUUUUAUUUUGGAGGGAGUAUGCUCGGUCUUUAGAGCAAAGAUUAAGUAAUCAGAAUAAUUUAACUCCUCAGGAAAGACAGCAAUCUAACUAUCUAAGAAAUUUACAGAGAAAUACCUUAAACAGUGCUGAGAGUAAUUAUAAAAAUAAGUAUGGAAGUUUGGUAGAAGAUAAACCAAAAGGCUCUGAUAAUAAGGAUAAAGGCAUGAGUGGUGGAGUUAUUGCUCUGAUGGUAAUUGGAGGAAUAAUUCUGACAAACGGUGAAGCAGAACAAUUAAGAAGAAAGGUUGAAGAGUUAGAGAGGGAAUUCAAUGUUUGGGAUGAUAAGGAUGUGGUUAGUAAGGUAGUGGCUAAGCCUCCACAGUUCUAUCGGAAGCAAGUUUUUAAUAGCGAUGAGUUUGGAGAUGG